AUGGAAGUGCGCAAAAAAUCCUUGCUCAUUGGCAUCAAUUACCUCGGGAGUGAUCAUCAGCUCAAUGGAUGCCAUCGAGAUGUUGAGAAUAUUGCCGAGUUUCUCAGCUACCGAGGCUACUCGUCGGAUCCUCGCUCCCAAGUCAUAUUAAGAGAUGACUUGGGGGGCAUGUACUACCCCAGCGGACAUAAUAUACUGGCUGCCAUUGAUUGGCUUGUCAGCGAGCCCGGAACCUGCAACUUCUUCCACUACUCGGGACAUGGCGGGCAGGUCCGCGACCCGACAGGCCAGCGACCCUCGGGCAUACUGGACACAAUCUGCCCCGUCGACUUUGAAGAGCGCGGGCAGAUUGACUCGGACACGCUCCACCAGCACCUCGUCUCUCGCAUGCCCGCCAGCAGCACCCUGUUUGCCAUUCUGGACUGCUGCCACUCCGGUUCCGCCCUCGAGCUGCCCUACGUGUACAAGACGGACGAUGAGGGCAACGUCAGCCUGAUUGACAAUAUCCGCGAGGGCAUGCACCUGAUGAGCGAGGCGUCGGACCUCCUUCGCGGCGGCUUCAGCUUUGACAAGCUCGCCGAGGCGCGGGACCUGUACGCGGGCGCCACGUCGUUUUUUCGCUCCUUUAAACACAUGGGCGAGGAGCAGCAGGCCGAGGGCCUAGGCGAAGACGAGGACAGCGCCAUGUAUCAGCAGGAGCACAAGAUGGUGGCCAUGUUUUCCGGCUGCCGCGAUGACCAGACGAGUGCGGAUGCCAACAUUGGCGGCGUCAACGAGGGUGCCAUGUCGUGGGCUUUUUUGCAGGUGAUGAGGAGAUGUCCGAGCCCGAGCUUCCUACAGACUCUUCAUGAAACGCGAUUGUGCCUUCGCCAAUCCAACUAUGAGCAGGUACCACAGCUUUCAGUCGGUCUACAGAUGGACCUUGAGCGGCCAUUGACCCUGUGA